AUGUUCCAUGCGCAUGAAAAAAAAAAUGCAGAAAUAAAAUUUUACAGUAAUUUUGGAGCUGUAGCACAUGAAUUAACAAAAGUUGCGGUAAGAGUUCUUUCUAUUCCUACCUCAUCAGCUACAGCAGAAAGGAAUUGGUUUACAUUUUCUUUUAUACAUGAUAAAAAACGAAAUAAAUUGACAAAUGAUCGUGAAGAUAUUGAUGAUAGUAAUGAUGACGAUAAUGAUGAUAGUGAUGAUACUGUUGAUGAUAGUGAUGGCAAUGUUGAUAAUGUUGAUAAUAGUGAUAUUGACAGUGAUGAUAAAAAUGAAUUAUCUGUAAACAUUUAA